AGAUUUCCUAAAACCCGGAAGCGUUCCUUCUCAGUCGGCCGAGAGAUUGCGAUUCAUUCAGGCUGCAGCGAUUCAAACCAAUCGCUACUUGGAUAUCCGCUCGUAUCGGGCGCCUGAAAUAUUCCCCCGUAGCCAGAAUAAAGCAGAGCGAGCAUGGCUGGACGGCUGCCGGCUUGUGUUGUUGACUGCGGUACGGGGUACACAAAGCUCGGGUAUGCAGGAAACACAGAGCCACAGUUCAUCGUUCCUUCAUGUAUCGCAAUCAAAGAAUCCGCAAAGGUCGGAGACCAGGCUCAGCGCAGGAUGAUGAGGGGCGUUGAUGACCUUGACUUUUUCAUCGGAGACGAAGCCAUCGACAAACCUUCAUAUGCAACAAAGUGGCCGAUCCGUCACGGGAUCGUGGAGGACUGGGACCUGAUGGAGAGAUUUAUGGAGCAGAUCAUCUUCAAGUAUCUGCGGGCAGAACCUGAAGAUCAUUACUUUCUUUUGACGGAGCCUCCUCUGAACACACCAGAAAACAGAGAGUACACGGCAGAGAUCAUGUUUGAGUCGUUCAACAUUCCCGGUCUCUACAUCGCUGUUCAGGCUGUUCUGGCGUUGGCUGCGUCCUGGACCUCCAGACAGGUUGGAGAGCGGACCCUUACAGGGACUGUCAUUGACAGCGGAGACGGAGUCACACACGUCAUCCCUGUGGCUGAAGGCUACGUCAUUGGCAGCUGCAUCAAGCACAUCCCCAUCGCCGGUCGGGACAUCACAUACUUCACCCAACAGCUGCUGAGGGAGCGAGAGGUGGGGAUCCCUCCAGAGCAGUCGCUGGAGACGGCUAAAGCUGUCAAGGAGCGUUUCAGCUACGUCUGCCCUGACCUCGUCAAAGAGUUCAACAAAUACGACACAGACGGCUCCAAGUGGAUCAAACAGUACACGGGCAUCAACGCCAUCACUAAGAAGGAGUUCACCAUCGAUGUGGGCUACGAGCGCUUCCUGGGGCCUGAGAUCUUCUUCCACCCAGAGUUCGCCAACCCAGACUUCACCCAGCCGAUCUCAGAAGUGGUGGACGAGGUCAUCCAGAACUGUCCCAUCGAUGUCAGACGUCCGCUUUACAAGAACAUCGUGCUCUCUGGAGGCUCCACCAUGUUCAGGGACUUUGGGAGACGCCUGCAGAGGGACCUGAAGAGGACUGUAGACGCACGUCUGAAGAUGAGCGAAGAGCUGAGUGGCGGCAAACUAAAGCCCAAGCCCAUUGACGUGCAGGUCAUCACCCACCACAUGCAGAGGUACGCUGUCUGGUUUGGUGGAUCAAUGCUGGCAUCUACACCUGAGUUCUACCAAGUGUGCCACACCAAGAAAGACUACGAGGAGAUCGGCCCGAGCAUCUGUCGCCACAACCCCGUCUUCGGAGUCAUGUCUUAGGAGCUGUCGAAGGCAUCGCGAGACCUCACAUGCUGUGGAAGUCCCAUGAGCCUUUGCACGAAUGCUCCUGAGACACUCAUUCAAAACAGAGCGACGGCGGACCAAACAAACUGCCAAAAAAGAAAAAAAAGACGUGGCAAAGUCCUCGUGGAAAAAAGAAGAGGUGACUCAGCCCAAAGGAUCCUCACGAUAAAAUGUUUACUGCGAGUAGGUUAAUAAUAGGUGAUAAAUCUUUGAUUUCUGCGUGCCUCGUAUAUGUACUUCUAAUAUCCUCACAGGGUUGUAAUAUGUGAUUAAUCAACAGGAGUCCUGUAUAAACGCACUUCUCUGUGUAUAUGGGUUGGGUUCUUGCGGUAUGUUAUUUACUCUAAAAAUAAUGGUUGUUAAAAAAGCAGGAAGCUCUUGGCUACAUAAUUUUCCACAAAUAUAUUUUCUUUUUAGCAUUAUGUUGCAAAAAAAUCAAUUCCACGACAUUCAAACCAUUCCUGAUUUUCCGUCUUUGUAUUUUUAAAUGUCAGCAUAGGAAAUAUUUACUUGAACAGAUCCAUUAUCAAAACAAGCCUGGAAUUUAAUAAUGGAUCUGUUCAAGUAAAUAUUUCCAAAGUUUUCCUCUCUUUUUGUCUGUAUUAAUCUUUUCUGGACCAUUCCGUUUAAAAAAAAAAAAAAGUAUUAAUAUAUGAACAUGCAGUUGAAACGACUGUUGUUGGACCAUCACUGUUGCCUAGAACUCAGUUAUACUGGAUAGCCUUGUACUGUACCAAAUCUGAAUUUCAAUGCCGGCAUUCCAAUAAAUGCCAAGGAGAUAUUUC